AGGAUUGCUCCAAGUACUUUCAAUUAAUUAUACACAACUAUUUGUGUCAAAUCCAUUCAAUAAAAGCGAAUGGGAAGGGCCCGAGGAUAUGCAGUUGUCGAUCUGGAUGGAUAAAUACACAAAUUCAACAAUGAAUCGAAUCAAUGAGGAUUGCUUAAUGUUUAUUGAUCCACGAAUACCAAUAAAUCGCCCUAUAUGGAGGCAUUGGGCGUCACCGAAUUCAAUUGUAAUACAUUGGUUAAAAGACAUUUAUGCAUGGAAAAGUGUCAAUGAUCUUUACUUUC